AUGAACGAUAUGGUCAUGGAAGUAGUAGGCACUGAGAGCAGUAUGAAGGAUCCUUCACCAGGGCAGGGGACUGAUAAGAAUGCAGAGAAAGUGCAGGUGGUGGAUCAAUUGCCUUCAGAGGAGGAAUUCCAGGAGGUAAUUCAGGGGAGAAAGAGUGUCAGUCCUGCAGUGGCUGCAAAAAUCUCUAAAGGAAAGGCAGUAGUGGUUUCAUUCUCAGGGGAUAGUGGAAAUAUAGAGUUCACUGGGGGUGGGGUUUCAUCUCUAGCUAAUUUUGACUAUAUCACCAGUGGAAGAGGCAAGAAGGCAGGGUGUGGGGGCCGGUCUUCUAAACACAAAUGA